AGCGAAGCUACUUUGACGGGCAUAAUAUUUUGGGGCGUUUAAAAAUAUAAUUAUUUACUUUUGUUUAUAAAUAUUUAUAAUUCGAUUAGAAUUACUGUUUUCGUCGUAUUUAUAGAAUAUGGACAGCUCCAAUGGAAUUCAUUACAUUGAGCUGUCUCCGAAUCCCAUCAGGUUUGACGCCGUUAGCCAGCUGACUAAUGUUUUCUUCGAUGAUUCCAACAAACAGAUCUUUGCGGUUCGAUCCGGCGGUGCCACGGGUGUUGUUGUAAAAGGACCCGGCCACACCGAGGACACGGUCAUAUCCUUUUGCAUGAACGACCGAGGCGGGUCCAUUCGUUCGAUCAAAUUCUCGCCGGAUAACCAAAUCCUGGCAGUACAGCGAAAGGAGAAUGCCGUGGAGUUCAUCUGCUUCCAGGGGGACCAGCCUCUUCUGCAGGAGAUAAUCACCCACCAGGUGAAGACCAACAUCUACGGCUUCGUCUGGGUCCACAACCGCGAGGUGGCCCUAAUUUCGAAUACGGGGGUGGAGGUGUUCUCCAUCGUCCCGGAGAAGCGACAGGUGCGCUCUGUGAAGUCCCUGAGCAUUGGAAUCAAGUGGUUCGCCUGGUGCUGCGACGCCAAUGUGGCUCUUCUGUGCACCAGCGAGGGAAACGCCCUCAUUCCGGUUCUCGUCAAGCAGAAGGUUAUCACAAAGUUGCCCAAAGUCGACUUGGGGACUCCAAAUCGCGAAGUGGAGGAGAGCAAGGUGACUCUGGGACAGGUGUACGGAGUGUUGGCGGUGUUGAUCCUGCAGCCCAAUCCUACCACAUUCCAGAUGGAGGUAGAAGUUCACCUGCUCAAUGGUCCCGGCCUGGCCCCGCGAAAGUGUCAUGUUCUCCGAUUGAGUCUCAUGGGGCGCUUUGCCAUCAACACGGUGGACAACCUGUUUGUGGUGCAUCACCAGUCCACUGGCACCUCCCUCCUCUUCGACAUCGCCCUGCCCGGCGAGGUCAUCAACGAUGUAACCUACCAUGCUCCCAUCACCCCGGGCCGGUCCAUCAAACCCUUUGCCCUAAAACUGCCCUCUUUGUCGCCGGAUGGCCAAAUCCUGCAGUGCGAGUUGUAUUCAACCCAUUGGGUACUGUUCCAGCCAAAUAUUGUGAUCGAUGCCAAACUAGGAUGCAUGUGGUACCUGAACCUCUGCAUUGAGCCUCUGUGCCAACUUAUCUCUGACCGAAUCCGUCUCACGGAACUACUGCUGCAGCGCAGCAACGGGAAACCGGUGCUACUGAAAGUUCUGACCCAACUAAUGGAUGACCAGUACAAGGGUACACUACUUCCGGUUCUAGAGACAAUAUUCAACAGGAUUAACAAAAUAUACGCUUCCUGGGUGCAGCUGGAGCUUCAGAGCCAAACCGCACAGCCCUCGAAUGUAAAGACCUCCUGUGUGAAACAGGCCACCCCGCCCAUCGUCCUCAUUGACCAGUUGGACAUGGUGCAGAUCUUCCAGCGCAUCGCCCGCCGUUCCUACACGGAGGCCAUUCUAAUGAUGUACCUCCAAUCGCUGAACAAGUUCAACAUUGCCGCCCAGGAGGACCUGAGCAAGAACAUCAUUCGCGAGCUGAUCCACAACCGCAGCUUCGACACCUUGCGCCGGUUGGUCAGCUAUUCCAUGUUGCUGGAGUCGAAGUCAGUGGCUUGCUUCUUGCUGGCCAACUCGGAUAUGGACACAGCUAUUUCGCAAGUGGCCAUUGAUAUGCUGGGCAGGAUUCAGGCGCAUGAGAUCAUUAUCGAGGUCAUGUUGGGCCAAGGCAAAGUUAUAGACGCCCUAAGACUUGCCAAAAAUUCGAUGGGCUUGGAAAAGGUGCCCGCCCGCAAGUUCCUGGAGGCGGCCCACAAGACAAAGGAUGACUUGGUCUUUCACAGCGUCUUUAGGUUUUUCCAAAUGAGAAAUUUGAAGCUCUACGAGACCUUGUCUUUCCCCAAGACCGAACAAUGCACGGAGUUCAUACAGCACUACAACAAUACCUUCCUGGCGGAGAGUGGCGUGAAGCCACAGAUGGCCUGAAUACCUAUUUUGGCUGAGAGAUAGUUAGUUCUGUAUAUCUAAAGAGUAUUUUGUAAAUAUCGCUAAUUGUAUCAUAUUAAAAGACAUCUGUACCAUAUCCCAA